UAGUUGAAUCGGGGGAAGCUGUAGGUAUUAUUGCGGGUCAAUUUAUUGGCGAACCAGAAACUCAACUAACAUUAAGAACUUUUCAUAUCGGUGGAGUAUUUACAGGAGGUACUGCCGAACAUGUACGAUGGUACUACACUUGAAAGAGGUUAUAGGUAAAAGCCUCAACAGAUUUUUGUUUCCCACUCAAAAUUACAGUUUCAUCGGUUAACAAUCGUCCAUAAGAAUAUAACAAAAAAAAAAGAAUAUAAGACGGUCGUUUCAGAAAUGAAAUCAAGUCCUAGCUGGCUCAUACAAAAAAAAAGAAGCUCAAUGAAUCCAAUAAGAAAAUAUUAUUAGCAGAACAUGGAUGGUAAUGAGAAAAAAUCGGGUUCAAACCGGUCAAGAACCACAAACACCAAAUAUAAACAAGCAUUUCCAAAAAUAGACAUGUGUUUUGUUGUUUUGUGUUAUUUGUUCUCUAUAAAAGAAGAUCAUUGAUUGGAUCUGUCAUUUCUUCAUCUUAAAGAAUAAUAAUGGCAAAAUUCGUCAUCUUCUUCCUUGCCUCUGCCCUAUGUUUUACCACCCUCCUUCACUUCGCGGCCGCUGAUGCCGACGACUUUGACCGCUUCCACAUUAAGGGCUCCGUCUACUGUGACACCUGCCGUGUUCAAUUCAUGACCCGCCUCAGUAAAGUCCUCGAAGGGGCAAAGGUGAAGCUCGAGUGCAAGGGUCGUGAGAACCAGACAGUGACAUUGACCAAAGAAGCUAUGACCGACAAAGACGGUAACUACGAGAUGGAAGUUAUGGGAGACCACGAAGAGGAAGUGUGCGAGAUCAUCCUCGUCCAAUCACCAGACGCAGAGUGUGGCGAUGUGAACAAUCAAGAGUUCCUAAGAAACGCAGCCAGGAUCAGUCUCACGGCUAAUGAUGGCAUUGUCUCCAACGAGACUCGAACCAUUAACCCACUUGGGUUCAUGAGGAAGACUCCUCUCGCUGACUGUCCUCAAGCUUUCAAGGAGCUUGGAAUCGUCCCUGACGUCACCUUCUAAGCUUUAUAUAUUUAUUCUACCCAUAUAUAUAUCCAUCUCUCAACAUUUUAUUUUUGGCAACUCUUUCUAUUUCUUAUAUAAAGCAUUUUUUUUUACAUGUUGUGUUUGUGUUUACUUAACUAACGGUGUUUUCUUUUGUUUCAUUUCAUAUCUUGUGUUUGUGUUCCAGCAAUUUUUCUUUUGCUGUUUUACUCUUGGGUGUUCUUUUAUUUUCUAAAGAAUGAUCUGAUUACCUUCCAAA